UGCGCGAAGCUGUCGCGGAGUGAUGACGUAAGGCCCCGGGCUCCCGGACUGUCAGUCAGAGCGCAGCUGUAUACUCGCCGGUGGGCCCGCUGGGCCGGCGCAGCCAUGGCUGCGGUGUUUGACCUGGACCUGGAGACAGAGGAAGGCAGCGAAGGCGAGGGCGAGCCAGAGCUCAGCCCCGCGGACGCGUGUCCCCUCGCGGAGUUGAGGGCGGCUGGCCUGGAGCCUGUGGGACACUAUGAGGAGGUGGAGCUGACUGAGAGCAGUGUGAACCCGGGCCCCGAGCGCAUCGGUCCCCACUGCUUUGAGCUGCUGCGUGUGCUGGGCAAGGGGAACUAUGGCAAGGUGUUCCAGGUGCGAAAGGUACAGGGCAGCAAUCUGGGCAAAAUAUAUGCCAUGAAAGUCCUGAGGAAGGCCAAAAUUGUGCGCAACGCCAAGGACACGGCACACACGCGGGCUGAGCGGAACAUUCUGGAGUCGGUGAAGCACCCUUUCAUUGUGGAACUGGCCUAUGCCUUCCAGACUGGCGGCAAACUUUACCUCAUCCUCGAGUGCCUCAGCGGUGGUGAGCUUUUCACGCACCUGGAGCGAGAAGGCAUCUUCCUAGAAGACACGGCCUGUUUCUACCUGUCAGAGAUCACACUGGCCCUGGGCCAUCUCCACUUCCAAGGCAUCAUCUACCGGGACCUCAAACCUGAAAACAUCAUGCUCAACAGCCAGGGCCACAUCAAACUGACGGACUUUGGCCUCUGCAAGGAGUCGAUCCACGAGGGCGCUGUGACCCACACCUUCUGCGGCACCAUCGAGUACAUGGCGCCUGAGAUUCUGGUGCGCAGUGGCCACAACCGGGCAGUGGACUGGUGGAGCUUGGGGGCCCUGAUGUACGACAUGCUCACUGGAUCGCCGCCCUUCACUGCAGAGAACCGGAAGAAAACCAUGGACAAGAUCAUCAGAGGGAAGCUGGAGCUGCCCCCCUACCUCACCCCGGAUGCCCGGGAUCUCGUCAAAAAGUUCUUGAAGCGGAAUCCUAACCAGCGGAUUGGAGGGGGCCCCGGGGAUGCUGCUGAUGUGCAGAGGCACCCCUUCUUCCGGCACGUUAAUUGGGAUGACCUCCUGGCCCGCCGUGUGGACCCCCCUUUCCGGCCUUCCCUGCAAUCGGAGGAGGACGUGAGCCAGUUUGACUCCCACUUCACAAGGCAGACACCAGUGGACAGUCCAGAUGACACAACGCUCAGUGAGAGUGCCAACCAGGCCUUCCUGGGCUUCACGUACGUGGCGCCCUCCGUCCUGGACAGCAUCAAGGAGGCCUUCUCCUUCCAGCCCAAGCUGCGCUCGCCCAGGCGCCUCAACAGCAGUCCCCGGACCCCUGUCAGCCCCCUGAAGUUCUCGCCCUUCGAGGGGUUCCGGCCCAGCCCCGGCCCACAGGAGCUCGUAGAGGCCCCGCUACCUCCUCUGCUGCCACCGCCGCCACCACCACCGCCCUCCAGCACCGCCCCCCUCCCUAUCCGACCCCCCUCAGGGACCAAAAAGUCCAAGAGGGGCCGUGGGCGCCCUGGGCGCUAAGAGAACGGGUGGGGAUGUGGGCGGCGGGACCCUGGGCCGGUUCCAGAGAGCCGGGGCCAUGCCUAGGAGUGCAGGAGUGACUGGUGUGAGUCAGGCCAUACCCCAGAAUCAUGACCACCAAGGGCUGUAGGCUAUGGCUGCUGGUGGAGGGGGCGGCCACCUGGCCUCCUGCAGUUGAGCCGUGCCCUUGGAGAAUUAAAAGGAUCGAAUCAUGGCA